AUCUCUUCCGGGUGAACGGGAUGUUGUGGUUAGCAGUAGGCUAACGUGCUCACAGAUGAGUACCUGCAGAAAUUUUGGAUAUGUUCGUUAAAACUCAAUGAGAACAAAUGUCGGCCCCAUCCGAAUCCGGAGUAUCAAAAGCAAGGGAAUUAAACCCAGCGACGCUAUUGGCGAGUAAAGCGCAGACAGCGGCGGCAUUAGUUGCUCAGGCCCGGAGCAAGAAACGGUCCGUGAGCCCCGCCACACACACAACACCACUGACCAAUAACAUUAUCAACAACAACAAAAAGAAGAAGACACAACCCGCACUCUCAACUGCUCAAGCUCAGGUUGCCCCAGUUGAAGGAACCUCUGAAGUAAAACCAGUGGGAUCUGUUGAUGUAGAGACUGCUACCAAGAGUUUGCCUUUUAAAAACCCUGACUUUGUGCACUCAGGUAUUGGUGGAGCAGCAGCAGGGAAGAAGAACCGGACGUGGAAAAACCUGAAACAGAUUUUAGCAGCUGAGAAAGCGCUACCCUGGAAAAUCAAUGAUCCUAACUACUGCAACAUAGAUGCACCUCCUUCUAUGAAGCCAGCCAAAAAGUACUCUGACAUCUCAGGUCUACCGGCAAACUACACCGACCCUCAGACUAAACUGCGAUUUGCGUCGACUGAAGAGUUUUCCUACAUCCGUCAGUUACCCACAGAUGUGGUGACUGGAUACUUGACUCUGCGUAAAGCGACCUGCAUUGUACCCUGACAGAGACCCACACUUAACAAAGAGUUAAUGGGUUUUUUUCAAGCACAGACUUUGACUGGAUUAUUUGGAAUGAAAUGCUUUUACUCUUAUUUUUUUCUAAAACAGUAUAUCUGUCAUGUUAAUUGUGAACCAAAUAUAAUACAUUGCCCAUGCAGACUGUAGCUG